AACAAAUCCGAGGUUGUAAAGUGCGUCACUGAGCGGAGGAGCUGCCGAGAAUAACCGAAACCGACAUCACUGUCUGCACUGAUAAUACAACUAUUUCACGUAGGAAGGCCAUACUGUCAAUUCAACAUGGUGAAGAUCGCGUUCAACUCCGCUUUGGCGCAUAAGGCGCUGGGGAAAGAAGUCCCGGCUUCAGAGACGGAUCCCGAGCUGGCGGGUGCUCGGUUGGGCAGCGAGAGCUCCACAGCGGGGUCUCUUCUCACUCUGCUGGGGAUAGCCUUCAUCCUCAGCGGGCUCAUCGUUGGAGGAGCAUGUCUCUACCGCUACUUCACCCCGAAACGGCUGUACCACGGAUCCAUGCAGUUCAGCGACGUGUCCGCCGGGGUGGCCGGCGAGAACCAGCCCUACUACCUGCCCCGCGUGGAGGAGGAGGUGGAGAUCUCCGACAACAUGGCCGUCAUCAGCGUGCCCCCUCCGCGCUUCCGGUCGGGCGACCCCGCCUACAUCCUCCACGACUUCCACAGGAAGCUGACUGCGUACCUCGACCUGACUCUGAGGACCUGCUUCGUGAUCCCGCUGAACACGUCCGUGGUUCUUCCCCCCCAGGAUCUCAUGGACCUCUUCAUGCAGCUCAUGUCUGGCUCCUACCGUAGCUACCUGGUGCAGGAGGACCUGGUGGUGACAGAGCGCGUCGACGACAUCAAGCCCCUGGGCUUCUACAUCCGUCGGCUGUGUGACGGCAAGGAGACGUACCGCAUGCAGCCCCGCUCAGAGCUGCCAGGUGGCAGAAUCCAGAAGCGUUCUGAAGAGAAGUGCUUCACCAUCCACCACUUUGAGAACAAGUUUGUUACCGAGACCAGAAUCUGCAAGGCCUGAUGAGAGACACAGACAGAGAGGGAGGGGGAGAGAGAGAGAGAGAGAGAGGGAGAGAGAGAGAGAGAGAGAGAGAGAGAGAGAGAGAGAGAGAGAGAGAGAGAGAGAGAGAGAGAGAGAAAGAGAGAAUGGGUGAGACAGAGGGAGAGAGGGGGGAGAGAGAGAGAAAGAAUGAUUGAGACAGAGGGAGAGAGAGAGAAUGACAGAGAGAGAGAGGGAGAGAGGGAGAGAAUGAUUGAGGCAGAGGGAGAGAGAGAGAAUGAUUGAAACAGAGGGAGAGAGAGAUAUAGAGAGAAUGAUUGAGACAGGGAGAGAGAGAGAGAGAGCAAGCUGCUAUCACACUAGCAGAGUAUUUUUGUAAAAAAUUACCUUACUACUGAACAUUAUGCUUUUCCCGCUCUUUCCCCAAGUGAAUUUGAUGUUUCAGCGUUAUAAGCUACCACAAUGUAACAUCUAUAGGUUAUUGAUUGCUUAUGAACUAACCUGGUCCCUAUCUAGUCUUGUGCUGGUCAUUUCUUCCAUAAUGCUAGCUUAUGUUUUACUGGGGCUGUUUAGUUUGAUCCUGUUAGCUAGCUAUCCUACAUGUUUUAGCUAGCAAUGAAACAAUUUCCCCCGGGAUAAAUAACAACCUGAAUCAUCAAUAAGCAAGUGAUCCUACAUCUAUUAGCUAGCUUUCCUACAUGUAUAAGCUAUCUUUCGUACAUAUAUUAGCUAGUGAUGCUACAUCUAUUGGCAUGUUGCAACAUCCGAUCACCUCACACAGAAGCGUUAUAUGUGAAACCCGUCUCAUGUCGGCCUGAUGUGACCUUAGGGAGAUGUUUAGAAGAGUCCUAUACCUUCCAGACUUCAAUGGUGUACGUUUUAAAAACCUAUCUAAGACGGAUGGAUGAAACCCCACAACAAUGCACUUGUUUGUUUAUUUUGUGUCGUCAUAAUGAGGCCGUCCCGGAGGUCUUAGUCUGUACGUGAAGUUCCUUCCUACUGUCUGAACUUGUUACUGUAUCGAUGACAUCAAACCUCAAAGAGGACAGAUUGCUCCCCCACAGGACACGCUAAUGUAUAAGAUUCGGUUGAGGGAAUGAGAAGUGGCAGGUGCAAAAAUAAUUAAUAACUGACCUAACAGAAUUGAGACUUUUGGCAAUUUUGCAAUUGACUACCUUUUUCGUUACCAUUUCCAAGGAUUUUAUUUGUGUACCUCAAGUUGUUUCAAUUGAUUCAAACACGACUGCUAAAUUUUGUAUAUAAAUGUUUCAAAUGUUUGUAAUUAAAUUGUGAAAUAACAAUUAAAACGGCUUCCCAUAAAAAUCUAGCUGUAAAGAAGGACAAUCGGAAGGGAAAGAGCUGUGCCUGGUGAAGUGUGUUUCUAAACACAAGGAGAUAGUCUUAACUGUUUUGAUGAAAGAUAAUAUGGUUUUGUGUAAAGUUACUGAAAUUAAUGUCACUUUGUAAUUGUAAUUUGUUGUUGAAUAAAGUUACAUUUCUUUACCUUUAGA